AAAAAAUAAAAAAGAAUUAGUGGGUCGUUAGAAUUAGUCGCAAUUGUUUAAAAGAAGAAUGAAGCACGCCAUUGUUCCACUCUGGAUGCAUGGAAGCCUUGCUUGUUAAUGGAGAAGAAGAUCUUUUCAUUAUAAACAUAUAUGGGGAAUUCCAAUUCAGUUUAUGUUACAGAUGAAGAAGAAGGCGGUGUUCAAAGCCCACUUCUGGUAAAACAUGAUGGUAUUGUUCAGCCAAGUGCAGGUUUCUUCAGUAAACUGACCUUUUCUUGGGUGGGUUCUUUGAUCUCUAGAGGCUAUGCAGAAGCGCUGAACCUUGACGAUUUGCCUCCGCUUUCGGGCAGCGAUUGUGUCGAGGAUUCCUACUUGACUUUCAGAAACUGUUUGGAGUCUUCUUCCAAUUCUGCUGCUAAAAGGGUUGUUGUCACACCUUCCCAGGUUGCCAGGUAUUUAAUCCUGACAUCAUGGACAGACAUAUCAUGGAUGGCUCUGUUCUGUCUCCUGAACACCUUGGCAUCUUAUGCGGGUCCCUACCUUAUCGAUGCCUUCGUUCAGUACCUUGAUGGGAAGAAGAAGAAUUUAUCGUCGUCAUCAUCGUCGUCGUCGUAUUAUCCGUAUCUGUUAGUUUCUUCAUUCUUUGCUGCAAAGCUUGUGGAGUGUCUCAUGCAGAUGCAUUCCGAGUUUAGGGUUGGAGUGGUGGGAAUCCGGACGAAAGCCGUGCUCAUGGAGGGCAUAUGCAAUAAGGUACUGACCCUCUCUUGCGUAUCGAGGCAACGACACACGAGCGGGGAGAUGAUCAAUCUGAUGUCUGUUGAUGCAGAGAGAGUAGGAGAGUUUAGUGUGUACAUGCAUGACCCUUGGAUUAUCAUCUUGCAAGUCACCUUGGCUUUGUUGAUCUUGUAUAGAGACCUCGGGCUUGCGUGGGUAGCUGCGUUUUUCGCAACAGUGCUGGUGAUGGCAGUAAACUACCCUUUAUCAAGCGUGUUAGACAAGUACCAGGACAGACUAAUGGGAUCCAGGGACAAGAGAAUGAAAGCGACCUCUGAGGUACUGAAGAACAUGAGAGUCCUGAAGCUUCAAGCAUGGGAAAUGAAGUUCCUGUCGAAGAUCGUCGAGCUACGGGAGAAUGAGAAUGGAUGGCUGAAAAGAUCUCUUUACGCUUUCGCCAUGACGACGUCUGUCUUCUGGAUCGCCCCUAUCUUUGUGUCUGCCAUCACAUUUGGCGCGUGCAUGAUCAUCCGUGUCCCUCUAGCGCCGGGCAAGAUUCUAUCUGCAAUUGCAACAUUCAGGAUUCUUCAGGAUGCCAUCUCUAACUUGCCUGGCACAGUAUCCAUGAUGGUUCAGACAAAGGUUUCCCUUUGUAGAAUCGCCUCAUUCCUCUCUCUGGACGACUUGGACCUCGGUUCAAUAGAAAGGGUUCAUAGGUCUGAAGCAGCAGUUGAGAUAAGUGAAGGAAACUUUUCUUGGGUUCCAUCUGCAGAAGCAGCAGCUUCGAGCCCUUCGUUGAAAGGUAUAAACCUCAGAGUUGAGCAUGGCAUGAAGAUAGCGGUCUGCGGCGGUGUUGGCUCUGGCAAGUCAACACUACUUUCUUCUAUAUUGGGAGAAGUACCAAAGGUAUCUGGCACUCUCAAGAUGUACGGGUCAAAGGCUUACGUCCCUCAAUCCCCUUGGAUACAUAGCGGUAGAAUUGUUGAUAACAUCUUGUUUGGAGAAAAAAUGGAUGCGAAAAAAUACGACGCCGUUCUUGAAGCUUGCUCCUUGAAGAAGGAUUUUGAAAUGCUGCCCUUUGGGGACCAGACUAUUGUCGGCGAGAGGGGUCUCAACUUGAGCGGUGGACAGAAGCAAAGGGUGCAAAUCGCGCGCGCGUUGUAUCAGGAUGCCGACAUUUAUGUUCUUGAUGACCCUUUUAGCGCUCUUGAUGCUCACACCAGAACCCAUAUCUUCAAGGAAUCUCUUCUGGGGCUUUUAGGAUCCAAAACGGUCAUAUAUGUCACACACCAAGUAGAGUUCUUACCCGCAGCCGAUGUGAUCUUGGUUAUGAAAGGUGGGAGAAUAGUGGAAGCGGGAAAGUAUCACGAGAUCCUGAAACCCGGGCUGGAGUUCGUGGAACUUGUUCGAGCUCAUGACCGAGCUUUGUCUGCCAUUGAUUCAACUGAAGCUGAACUGAACAAGCACAAGAAAGUUGUUGGUGAUGAAGAAGAAGAAGAAGAAGAAACACUAACUUUAGAAGAGGAAAAGAACAAUGAUGAUGAUUCAAAUACAAGGCCUAACAGACAAAUAGUACAAGCAGAAGAAAGGGAGAAAACCAGGGUUGUUGGGUUUUCAGUGUAUUGGGAAUACUUAACUGCAGCAUAUGGGGGAGCUUUGGUUCCCCUGAUAUUGUUUCUCCAGCUUCUGUUUCAGCUUCUCCAAAUCUUUUCCAAUUAUUGGAUGGCUUCGGCUACUCGGUCCGGGUCAGAAGCCGUUGUCGUGGAAGAUGGAAAAACGUUAAUAGGCGUCUACGUUGCUUUGGCCAUUGGAAGUAGCAUUUCUAUCCUAGCAAGGUCCACUCUUCUCAUGAUGGCUGCUUACAAGACAUCAUUUUUGCUUUUUACCAAGCUCCACUCUUCUUUAUUUCGCGCCCCAAUGUCGUUUUUUGACACCACACCAAGCGGGCGUAUACUAAACCGGGUUUCGACAGAUCAAAGUGCAGUGGACAUGAACACUCCGUUGAUGGUCAGCAGAUUUGCAUUCUCGUUGAUUUCACUCUUAGGAACUGUAGUGGUCGUGUCGCUUGUUGUUUGGCAGGUUUUCAUCAUUUUCAUUCCCAUCAUCGCGAUCUCCAUUAUGUACCAGAGGUUUUAUUUCCCAGCAGCGCGAGAACUUUUCAGGUUGGCUGGAGUGACCAAAGCUCCUGUCAUACAGCAUUUUUCGGAGACGAUAUCUGGACUAACAACAAUAAGAAGCUUUGAUCAAGAGUCGCGAUUCGACGAAAUGAACCUGAAACUGAUAAACGAAUUUUCGCGCCCGAGGUUUUUCAGCUGUGCAGCAAGGCAAUGGCUGUGCUUCCGCUUGGAUAUGCUCUCCGCAUUCCUAUUCGCUUGCUCCCUCAGCUUUCUGAUUUUUCUUCCCGGGGCCCUGGUUAAUCCUGGCCGGGUCCAGAUUGGCCACCCUUUGGAGAAGUUGCUAUUCAAGACCUCGAGGUAAUGAAAUUAUGUCCAUUCCCCGUGU